AUGGAUCCUAAUAGUAACAGUUCUAGCGAAACAUUACGCCAAGAGAAACAGGGUUUCCUAGACAAAGCUCUUCAGAGGGUGAAGGGCAUAGCACUGCGACGAAACAAUAGUAACAAAGAUCAUACAACAGAUGAUACGACAGGUAGCAUACGAACCCCUACGAGCUUGCAGCGGCAAAAUUCUGACAGGCAAUCUAAUAUGACAUCCGUGUUUACGGAUGACAUUUCUACCAUAGACGACAACUCAAUUUUAUUUUCAGAGCCUCCUCAGAAACAAUCUAUGAUGAUGUCUAUAUGCGUAGGUGUUUUUGUUGCAGUUGGCGGAUUUUUAUUUGGUUAUGAUACAGGUCUGAUCAACAGUAUUACAUCUAUGAACUAUGUGAAGUCACACGUAGCACCUAAUCACGAUUCAUUUACCGCCCAACAAAUGUCCAUUUUGGUGUCAUUUUUGUCAUUGGGAACUUUUUUUGGGGCUUUAACUGCACCAUUUAUAUCUGAUUCGUAUGGCAGGAAGCCUACUAUCAUUUUCAGUACAAUUUUCAUCUUCUCUAUCGGAAAUUCUUUACAGGUAGGUGCUGGAGGAAUCACAUUAUUGAUUGUGGGAAGGGUCAUUUCAGGUAUCGGUAUAGGCGCAAUUUCAGCGGUUGUUCCAUUAUACCAAGCAGAAGCUACACAUAAAUCAUUAAGAGGUGCUAUUAUUUCUACUUACCAAUGGGCCAUUACCUGGGGCUUGCUCGUGUCAAGUGCAGUGUCGCAAGGGACACACGCAAGAAACGACGCAUCUUCGUAUCGGAUUCCCAUAGGGUUGCAAUAUGUCUGGUCGUCAUUUCUCGCUAUCGGGAUGUUCUUUCUCCCUGAGAGUCCACGCUAUUACGUUUUGAAAGACAAGCUAGAUGAAGCAGCUAAAUCUUUAUCGUUUUUAAGAGGUGUACCAGUCCAUGAUUCUGGGUUACUGGAAGAACUAGUUGAAAUAAAGGCAACAUAUGAUUACGAGGCAUCUUUUGGUUCUUCGAACUUCAUUGAUUGUUUUAUUUCAAGUAAAAGUAGACCAAAGCAAACUCUAAGGAUGUUUACGGGAAUUGCCCUUCAAGCAUUUCAACAAUUUUCAGGUAUCAACUUUAUAUUUUACUACGGUGUCAAUUUCUUCAAUAAGACAGGAGUCAGUAAUAGUUAUCUGGUUUCAUUUAUAACCUAUGCUGUUAAUGUUGUCUUUAAUGUUCCUGGUUUGUUUUUUGUGGAAUUUUUUGGUAGACGUAAGGUGCUGGUUGUUGGGGGUGUUAUCAUGACUAUAGCCAACUUUAUUGUGGCCAUUGUUGGGUGUUCCUUAAAGACUGUAGCGGCCGCAAAAGUUAUGAUAGCAUUUAUAUGUCUAUUCAUAGCUGCCUUUUCUGCUACAUGGGGUGGUGUUGUUUGGGUUAUUUCAGCAGAACUGUACCCAUUGGGUGUGAGAUCUAAAUGUACGGCUAUAUGCGCUGCUGCUAACUGGCUUGUAAACUUUAUUUGUGCUUUAAUUACCCCUUAUAUUGUAGAUACUGGGUCGCAUACAUCAUCAUUAGGUGCAAAAAUAUUCUUCAUUUGGGGCUCCUUAAAUGCGAUGGGGGUGAUAGUUGUUUACUUGACCGUUUAUGAAACGAAGGGUUUGACAUUAGAAGAGAUUGAUGAAUUAUAUAUUAAGUCAUCCACUGGUGUCGUGUCACCAAAAUUUAAUAAAGAUAUUAGGGAACGCGCACUUAAAUUCCAAUACGAUCCUUUGCAAAGAUUAGAAGACGGAAAGAACACUUUUGUUGCUAAAAGAAAUAAUUUUGACGAUGAAACACCAAGAAAUGAUUUUCGAAAUACGAUAUCGGGCGAAAUAGAUCAUAGUCCCAAUCAAAAAGAAGUUCAUUCUAUCCCAGAACGUGUUGAUAUUCCUACUAGUACAGAAAUUCUUGAAAGCCCGAACAAAAGUAGUGGUAUGACAGUCCCUGUGUCACCUUCUCUGCAAGACGUUCCAAUCCCGCAAACAACAGAGCCUGCUGAAAUUCGAACCAAAUAUGUGGACCUAGGAAAUGGGCUUGGUCUUAAUACGUAUAAUAGAGGGCCUCCCUCACUCUCAAGCGACUCAAGCGAAGAUUACACAGAAGAUGAAAUAGGCGGGCCCUCAUCUCAAGGCGACCAAAGUAAUAGAAGUACUAUGAAUGAUAUUAAUGAUUAUAUGGCACGUCUCAUUCACAGUACUUCUACUGCAAGUAACACGACAGAUAAGUUCUCCGGUAACCAAAGUACCCUUCGUUACCACACGGCUUCCUCACAUUCGGAUACAACUGAAGAGGACAGCAAUUUGAUGGACCUGGGAAACGGGCUUGCCUUGAAUGCUUAUAACAGAGGUCCACCUUCAAUUUUAAUGAAUUCCAGUGAUGAAGAGGCAAAUGGUGGUGAGACGUCUGAUAAUUUGAACACAGCUCAAGACUUGGCUGGUAUGAAGGAACGAAUGGCGCAGUUUGCGCAGAGCUAUAUUGACAAGAGAGGCGGUCUGGAACCUGAAACUCAAUCUAAUAUUUUGAGCACUUCUCUCUCCGUGAUGGCUGACACUAAUGAACAUAAUAAUGAAAUCCUCCACUCAAGCGAAGAAAACGCCACUAAUCAACCUGUAAAUGAAAAUAAUGAUUUGAAAUAA